UAAGUGUCCUCGGAGAUCGCGAGAGUUGGCGCCUGCGCGGGACUUCGGAUUUAAAGAGGCAAGGCCUUGAAGCCAACAGUCGGGGGCGGUGCCUGGAGCGGCGGCUCGCUGCUCCGCUGCCCAGUGAGGGCGCAGAGUCUGCGGCGGCGGCUAGGGCCCGCCAUGGCCCAGCAGAGAGUCCUGCCCCAAAGCAAGGAGACGCUGCUGCAGUCUUACAACAAGCGGCUCAAGGAUGACGUCAAGUCCAUCAUGGACAAUUUCACAGAGAUCAUCAAGACCGCCAAGAUUGAGGAUGAGACGCAGGUGUCACGGGCCACCCAAGGUGAACAGGACAAUUACGAGAUGCACGUGCGAGCUGCUAACAUCGUUCGAGCUGGUGAGUCCCUGAUGAAGCGUUCUGACCUCAAGCAGUUCCUGAUCCUCAAUGACUUUCCAUCAGUGAAUGAGGCUAUUGACCAGCGCAACCAGCAGCUGCGUGCCCUGCAGGAGGAGUGUGACCGCAAACUUGUCACCCUGCGGGAUGAGGUCUCCAUCGACUUGUAUGAGCUGGAGGAGGAGUACUACUCGUCCAGCUCCAGUCUUUGCGAAGCUAAUGACCUGCCUCUAUGCGAAGCUUACUGGAGGCUGGACCUGGACACAGACUCUGCUGAUGGCCCCUCGGCCCCUCUUCUGGCAUCUCCGGAGCCUGGCACCGGUCCCCUACAGUCUGCAGCCCCUGUCCACUCGCAUGUUGGUGGCCCAGGUUCCACAGAGCACACCUGAGCCUCUUAGGGCUACCUUCCCCAGACUCCUAGUUUACCAGGAGCAAAGUCCUGGGCUACCCUCUCGAUGCCUAUCUUAGGCAUCUGCUCCCACUUGGGGACUCCAGGACCCAAGAGCUACUGUGGUCUUGGGAAGCUGGCCAGGCCAGGCUCAGCCUUCCAGUUCCCUCCCAGGACAGUUAGCAAAGUUCCAGCCAUUUCCAGGGUGACCUGUCAUUUCUGGUUACCAGGUGGAAGGACAUGUCCUGCUGAGGAGCUCAACUGUAUGGGAAAACUGAGCAUGCUGUUCAGAAUUGGAAGGGGCUUAGUGUACAGUCAGCCAAGCCCAGCCCUAUCCUUAGGCCAGGGCUCCCAUGCAGAGCCUUGCCCACCACCUCUUGUCCUGAACACGAAUGUCCAUGCCACAGGCUGACUGCACUGGUAAGGCUGUGGGAGAGGGGCUGCCCACUCACAUAGAAGCCAACUAGGGGCUUCCUGAAUUCUGCCACCAUGUCAGUUCUGCUACUUUUGUAAUAAGACUUGAAUAAAAACACUGCCCUUUUCUGUUGCUCUUCUUUCUUCAUCACUGGUCAGCUGGAGACCACCCCGGAUUCCAGUAGCUUCUGAACAGCUCCUGGCGCUGCCUCACAGCCCUGGGUUUAGGCCCAGCCCUACCACCCAGAAGGUCCUUGACACUUGGUGAAUGAACAAUACGUGGCUCAGGCACCUGUACCUCUGGUGUCAUUUAGUUCUUACUGCCAGUGCUGUUACGGCUGCAUUUCAAAGGAGUUGGUGUCAUACCCAGGGCCAGAGCUGGGAAGUGAAGUGCCAUAACCAGUGUUUGACCUCAGGGACUUCAGACCCCCUGCCUCUUGGUACCAGCCUCACCUCAGACAUUCAGGAACCAUAGUCCUAAGACUGGGACUUGAGCCCUGCUUCCACAGUGCAACCCCCAGUUGUUCUUUACCUCCUACCCAGGAGGGAGACCACAGCUGACAGCCACUAGGGGGCUUAAGACCUCCACAGUCAGGCAGAAGGCAGUAGACAGGAGAAGGGGGUGACCAGGAAAGUCACAUCCAGCGUGAGGGAGUUUCCCGUCGCUAAGACAAGCGAUGAUUCCUGCAGCACUUUAACUGUGGAAAGUGCUUUAAAAGUGGUUAAUUGUAAUUAACCACUCAGGAAAAGAAAGAACUUAGAACCUCAUGAAAGUGGAAGGGAACAAUCUGGAAGGAAUGGGCCAUAGGCUUUCAAAAAAAAAAAACCUGAGUAAUCUUGUUAAUUUUAUUCUGUGUGUGACCAAAUCCUAGUCAUCCUUUAAAACAGCACAUCCCUCCUUUCUACCCAGCUUCAUGGCUAGAGAUGGCCUCAUCUCAUUCUCUUCAACCAGGCAGGUGUUACCUGUGUGACUCCAGCAAAGCAGUGCAUGUUAAGGUCACCAACAUUACUAAACCUGGUCAUUCCUUGGUCAUUAUCACCUUUUCAUCCCAGGCAGUUAACAGAGGAUGUCUGAACCUAUAGGAAAGUUGUAAGUAGUAUGUACAAAGAACAGCCAUUCACACCCUAUUGGGACGCACCUCACCCAUAAAUACUCCUCAGCCUGCCUCUUGAAAACAUUCUAGGGCAGGCCCGGUGAUGCACAUCUGUUAAUCUCAGCUAUUUAUGAGGUUGAGAUGGGAGAAUUGGGAGUUCAAGGCCAGCCUAGGCUACAUAGUAAGCCCCUGCCUCAAAAAACAUUCUCCAUCAUGGCCCAGGCCCAGUACCAUCAUCACAACCAAAAUGAGUGGAUACUCCAAAACGCACGCCAUGUUGGAAUUUCCUCAACCGUUCCCAGACGUCUAUGCCUGUUUUUAUCCUGCAUUACAUCUGUUGUUACAGGGCCACGGUGGAGUGGGUGUGCAGGCGGCCGGAGG